CGGGUUCAAGGUACAACUUAAAAAUAAUCAAUAGGGGCCCCGCCUGCCGAGCCCGGGCUAGCAGUCCGGCGCCCCUCAGCUCGGGAGUGCUGGCUCCGCCGGCAGAGAAAUGGACCAGUUUUGACAAGAUGUAGUACUGCAGCGUGCCUGAUGGAUUAUGUUCAGCCAUGGCAUCCGAACUUUGUAAGACGAUCUCUGUGGCAAGGCUGGAAAAGCACAAGAAUUUGUUCUUAAAUUACAGGAAUCUGCAGCAUUUCCCAUUGGAGUUACUGAAAGAUGAGGGACUACAGUACUUGGAGAGACUCUACAUGAAAAGGAACUCCCGUACAACCUUGCCAGAAAACCUUGCUCAGAAGCUUCCAAACCUUGUGGAACUGUAUCUUCACUCAAAUAACAUAGUUGUGGUUCCGGAAGCCGUUGGGUCCCUUGUAAAACUACAAUGUUUGGAUCUUAGUGACAAUGCCUUAGAAAUCGUUUGCCCAGAAAUUGGUCGUCUGAGAGCUUUACGUCAUCUUCGAUUAGCUAAUAACCAGCUGCAAUUCCUACCUCCAGAGGUUGGCGAUUUGAAGGAGCUGCAGACACUAGACAUUUCUACCAAUCGUUUGCUAACUUUACCCGAGAGGCUUCACCUGUGCCUUUCUCUGCAGUACCUCACUGUGGACCGAAAUCGUCUAUGCUGUGUGCCGCGCCACCUCUGCCAGCUGCCCAGCCUCAAUGAGCUCUCCAUGGCUGGAAACCGUCUGGCAUUUUUGCCACUUGAUUUAGGUCGAUCUCGAGGACUUCAAUAUGUGCACGUGGAUAACAACAUCCAUCUGAGCUUGCCACCCUUUCUGUACAACAAAGUCAUCGGGUGCAGUGGCUGUGGUGCUCCCAUUCAAGUUUCUGAGGUGAAGCUGCUUUCCUUUUCAUCCGGGCAACUAACCGUUUUCCUCCCUGCUGAGAAGGCCGUAGGGACAGAGAAGGGUCAUGUCCUGCCUCUGCAGGAGCUGGCCAUGAGGACUCUGCAUCAUACCCACCACGCUUCUCUAAAAGAUCUGGACUUUCUGUCUCCAGUCUCGUUACCCAGAAGUCUCCUGGCGCUGCUGCACUGCCCCUUGGGGCGCUGUCACCGGUGCAGCGAGCCCAUGUUUAUGAUUGUCUACCCCAAGCUCUUUCCCUUGAGAGAGACGCCAAUGGCAGGGCUGCACCAGGGGAGGACAACUGUGAGUUUUGUGGCUUACUGCUGCUCCACCCAGUGUCUGCAGACUUUUGACCUACUGAGUUGAUAAACACUCAAGAGCCUCAGGAGUGGUGCCAGCUUGACACUGCAGUUGCCUGCAUAUCGCACACGGUGCGGCCAAAGGGGUGGAGAGUCCAGCCAGCCCAGCAGCCCUUGCGCCCUGCCACACUCGGAGACUACAGGACUCUGGAAACGUCACAAUCGAGCUUCAGAACUGAAAUGCCUUCCCCCAAGUUGGAAUAUAUCCUCCCCCAAAUU